AGCGUCGGCGGUGUCGGCGGCAGUGUCAGUGGGCCGGCGAGGCGAAGCGGCGGAUGCAGGGCCGAGCAUGACCAUGGACGACGACGAGUUGCGAGCAUCGGCCGCGCGCAAGGGCCGCAGCGCAAGCAUCUGCGCGCCUGGCUUCUCCAGUAUGGAGGCCGUCGUGCAGGCGGCCACCCAGGCCGACUCCACGCCGCAGCGUACCCGACGUGCCAAGCCGGCCACGCGUUCCCAGAGCGCGCGUAUCACGCAGGCCAACAAGCCACGCGUCGCACGCAAAACCAGGGCAGAAUCGCCCUCGCUGACAAUGAGCUCUUCGUGUCGGAGCGAACCGCGUCUGGAGAACAUCCCUACGAUCGCGACCUACAGCACCGAGUCACCCGGCGCCCCGCGGCGCAGCCCCCGCGCGACGACUGGCACGCGUCGCGUUAACAGCGUCAAGUCUCCGUCGGGCCACCAGCAGCCAAUCCAUGCCGCCGGUAGCCACCACAGGGGCGAGUCGGUGCGCGAGGUCAGCCACAAGAGGGGCGGCUUCCUCGACGUGCCCAACCUGGACGAGCCGAGACACCCUGAUGAGGACGAGGAGUCCUACCGACUCAGGGAAUUCGCCAUCACUGGAAAGGGCAUCGUGAACCGCGGUGACUCGUUCCGUCGGCGUCGCUCGCGGAGCAACUCGCUGCUUCCGCCGAGCAUGGCCCAGGAAGCGCAGCAGGCGGCCGAGGCGGUGGAGAAGCCACCACCCACCAGCUUUCGAGUGGCAUUGCUGGGCGCCUCGGGGGUCGGCAAAACGGCCCUCAUCGAGCAGUUCAUGACUUCCGAGUGCAUCAACGCCUACGCCUACGACAGGCAAACAAACGAGCCAAUCGAGCAGUCGGUGUGCAUAUCCUUGAACGGCGAAGAGUCGGAACUCACCUUUACCGUCAUCCAGAACACAAAGACCGAAAUGGACAAAGUCAACCCUCCGCACGCGUUCCUUGUGAUGUACUCCGUGGUGGACAAAGCCAGCUUCCAGCGGGCCGAGGACGAGCUGUCCAGGCUGCAGGAGUGGGACAUGCUCAGGUCCAGACCAGCCGUGCUCGUUGGAAACAAAAUCGAUUUGGCCCGAUCCAGAACUGUCUCCACUCAAGACGGCAAGUGCUUGGCGUGCACGUAUCGGUGCAAGUUCAGCGAGAUCUCGAUUGGCAUCAACCACAACGUGGACGAGCUGCUCGUGGGCAUCCUGAGCCAGAUCCGGCUGAAGAUGGCGGCCAAUCACGAAGGGUCGCCGCCGCCCUGGUUCCACCGCAGUAGGGGUAUGACCAGGGCGACGAUGCGCGCGCGCCAAAUGUUCUCGUGGAUGUUUGGCAAAGAAGACUCAAAGUUCAAGAACUGUGAAAACUUUCAGACUUUGUAACCCGCGAGGUACCGCAUGAAGUCGAAUAUUCUUCGCAGGACUGAAUGUUGAAUUAAACAAUACAUAUUUGUAAUCACACAGUAAGAAUGAUAGUUAAAACUUAUUCUCAAACUAUGAGAAAGGAUUAAUAUUAAUAAUAGGUGGAAUGUAAAGUGCGUAUUCAGGUUAUAAUACAUAUAAAAACGUAUAUUUGCUUACGAGCUAAACCUAAAAAAGGAGUUCAUUUAACUCGGAGUAAAUGCGAAUCAAGCUCAUCCUUAGCCUCUGAAAAAUGCACGAAUUUAACUCUUUGUUUUUUUAAAUCCUUUUAGACGAAUAAAACUCUGCCAAGAUAGAAAUCUUGAAUUUCCAAUUAUUACAUCGCACAAGAAAAUGAAUGUAAAUAAACAGUUUAGGUUCUCUUCCUUGAGUAACUGCUUCCAUGAAUGCAGACUGGCUUUGGGUGAGCUUUAAAUCAGUGGCAAAGUGGCUUGAUAUGAACUCGCACGUGGUUGAUGAUGCUACUACUUCCUCCUGUUUUCCUUAAUUUCCGUUCGACCUUCCAAGUAACUGUAAGGACAAAUAUAUCAAACACUUACUUACAAUUAGAGGAAAUCCUAAUCGAGUCAUAAUUUUCUACGACUAUGAGAGCUAAAAAACAUCAGGGGUGAAUUAUUAGUAAAUAUUUUGCCACUGUUUACGAUGUUAAAUCGGUGUAGUUACUUAAAUGCUGAAUUAAAAACAGGGUAGACAAUUGGCAAAUCGCCGUCUGAAUGGACCAUACGUUUUGGUGUGAACCCCUGCGCUGAUCGAGUUGAUUUUCUACUCUCUUUGCAUUGCCUUCUACGUAAUCAAAAGGAUAUUGUAUUCAUUGUGGUGCCGACGGGUGGAUUUGAAAAGGGAAAAGGCCUUAAUAGGUAUUGGAGUGAAGAAUAUAGAAAAGAUAAUUAUCUCUUUCAUGUUAAAUCUUCCUUGAUGUGAGAUUCGUCUAAGAUAAACUUGUGUAGUGUGUAUUUUGAUAAAACGACAAUAAUGACUACUGAAAACAUGGCAUUUGGAAUAGCCAUUUAGUUUCCCGUGGUGGCUCAGCGGAGGCAUUGAAAAAGCAACCACUAAGUAGAUUCAGAGCUCACAGGUCGACCAACUGAAUUAUUAAGCGAAUUAUAGGCUGCGUUUCUGCUGCUUUGUGGUUAAGAUAGUUCACUCAACAGAGCACAUACUACACACCAAUCGAUAUUUGAUACGACCCCCUCGAGCGGCUGGAGAGUGCCCUUUGGCAUUACUGUAGCCGCAGGUGAGAAAGCAAAAGUGUAUGUAUCCCAUAUCCACGGCCUGUCCUUCCCUCGGUCUGCAAAAAUGAUAUAAAUAACAAGUCGCUCAUCCCUCUCGAUUUGUAAAUUAGUUGUCUUGAGUGUACAAACACUUCCUUCUUGAGUUGUCUAUAAGAAUUUCAAUGUACAAUAAACGGCCCAUUGCUUUUCAUAUCAAAUUUAAAAAGAUUGGACCGCACCAAACUUGCUAAAAUUGAUUUGGGAUUUAUGAAUAGAUGCGGGACAUACGAAAAAUUGACAUUAGUGAGUGGUCUGUCUAGCAAUCGCAUAAUGACCAAGGAAAGAUCUUCUGCUGUAUGUAUACCCGUAAAAUUAAAACAAAAGCGCAAAUGAUUUAACUACUAUUAAGAAAUGUAUAAUCAAAAAAUUGUUCAAAGCUGUGAAGUUAAACACAGUCAGUCAGUUAAAAACCUAUUACUGGCUCAUGAUUUAGAAUGGCAGAUCAUUUAACUGGAUCAGAUUAAUGCUACCCAAAGUUAACUUAAUUGCAUGCUUCAUGUUUUCUGUUUUGUAAAAAAUCUAUCGAUAUAAACAAAUAAAGAUGUAUUUACCUGUAAAAA